CAUGAUCAUUGAGGUGGAAAAGUUUAUUAUCUCUUGCUUGUAGUUUUAUUUAUUGUAUUUCUUUGUUCUAAAAUGGAAAUUUGUUGGUUUUUUUGUUGAAAUGAUUUUCCAUUUUUUGCAGAAACAAGGAGCUUUGUCGAUUGUUUCAGUGAAGGGAAUCUGCAGAAAGUUUGAAACAGAGAACAUGGCGAUGAGAACGGUUGAUCUUCGAUCUGAUUCGGUCACUAAACCAACCGAGGCAAUGAAGGCUGCAAUGGCAGCUGCUGAAGUUGAUGAUGAUGUCUUGGGUACUGAUCCGACUGCCUUCCGGUUAGAAUCGGAAGUGGCGAGGAUGUUAGGCAAGGAGGCCGGUCUAUUUGUCCCGUCGACCACCAUGAGUAACCUCGUUAGUGUUCUGGUUCAUUGUGAUAUUAGGGGAAGCGAAGUCAUUCUCGGAGACAGUUCACAUAUACAUAUCUCUGAGAAUGGUGGUAUUUCGACAAUAGGGGGAGUGCAUCCAAGGCCGGUGAAGAACAACGAAGACGGAACGAUGGACAUCAAUUCAAUUGAAGCCGCCAUUCGAGACCCAAAAGGAGAGCUUGUGUACCCGACUACAAGGCUGAUUUGCUUGGAGAGUCCGCAUGGGAACACCGGGGGUAGAUGCUUGCCCGUGGAGUACAUAGACAGAGUCGGCGAGCUAGCUAAGAAGCAUGGUUUGAAGCUUCACAUUGACGGGGCUCGUAUUUUCAAUGCAUCUGUGGCACUCGGAGUUCCGGUAGAUAGGCUUGUACAAGCUGCCGAUUCAGUCUCAGCAUGUCUAUCAAAAGGUCUGGGCGCUCCGGUCGGAUCAGUCAUCGUUGGCUCGAAAACCUUUAUUGCCAAGGCUAGAAUACUUCGGAAAACCUUAGGUGGCGGGAUGAGGCAGGUCGGUUUCAUUUGUGCCGCUGCAUUGGUUGCUUUGCAAGAGAAUCUCGGAAAGCUUGAGCAUGAUCACAAGAAUGCAAAGUUUUUAGCAGAGGGACUAAAUCAAAUCAAAGGCCUAAGAGUGAACGUUGCUUCGGUGGAAACCAAUAUUAUAGUCUUCGACAUAGUGAAGGGAUCGGAAAUCACUGCAGAGAAACUAUCCGAGCAUUUAGCGGAACAUGGCGUGUUUGUGAUGCCACGGGGUCCAUACAGGAUGAGAAUUGUCCUUCACCACCAAAUUUCAUCAAGUGAUGUGCAGUACACAUUGUCACGCUUUCAGCAAGUUUUCUCAGGACUGCAAGAGGAAAAUGGCAACUAAGACACAUUUGGUAACAGUUGAUCAAUGAACACUUGGAAGAGUUGGAAAUCUCAUGUGCUUGAAGACACUAUUCAUGUAAUAAGUAAAGUGCUUCAUUGAAAUUAAUAAAAUCAACGGUGAUAUGAUAU